GAAGGCCGAGGAGACACAGAAUAAAGAUGUGGUGGCUACUCCUCCUUGGGGCGGCCGCAAGCAGAUGUCUGCAUGAGGAAACCCAGAAGUCUGUGCGCCUUCUUAGGCCUCCUUUCCCCCAGAUGUCCACACACUUCCGCUCCUCAAUCCUUCCUCUCCCUGGCUCCCCUGAGCCUCAACCCCUUAGAAUCCAAACGCACUAUACAAGAGGUCCUGUACCCAGUGAGGCUCGGGAUCUUGACGGGGAAGCUCGAGCCCUGGCUGCAGUGAAAGAGACCACUCGAAGGAUUCAGGGGAUCCUAGCAGUUCUUCCGGUACGAGGACCUCUGCUUCUGAGCCGAGACCCUGCACAAUACUGCCAUGCUGUCUGGGGAGACCCCGAUACCCCAAACUACCAUAGGUGCAGCCUCUUGAACCCAGGGUACAAAGGAGAGAGUUGCCUCGGAGUAAAGAUACCUGAUGCCCACCUGCGUGGUUAUUCCUUGUGGCCAGAGCAUGGUCUGCCCCAACUAAUCCAGCCAGAUGGCCCUGGCGUCCAAAACACUGAUUUUCUCCUGUAUGUGCGGGUUGCCCACACUUCCAGAUGUCACAGAGAGCCCUCUGUCAUAGCCUAUGCUGCCUGCUGCCAGCUGGACUCAGAAGACAGGCCCCUCGCUGGUACCAUUGUCUACUGUGCCCAACAUCUCAGCAGCCCGAGCCUCGGCCACGACGAUAUUGUCAUGGCUACACUGCAUGAACUGCUGCACGCUCUGGGUUUUUCUGGACAGCUCUUCAAGAUGUGGCGAGACUGUCCCUCAGGACUCAGUGCUAGAGAGAAUUGUUCUACAAGAAAACAGGUGACCAGACGAGAUGAAGGGGGACAACUGCUUCUCACCACUCCAGCUGUCAGCCGCAGCCUAGCCAAACACUUGGGGGUGCCCGGGACUUCGCUGGGAGUUCCUUUGGAAGAAGAGGGCUCUUUGUCUUCACACUGGGAGUCCAGAUUACUUCAGGGCUCUAUAAUGACCGCUGCCUUCGAUGGUGCCCAGCACACUCGACUUGACCCAAUAACCCUUGCUGCCUUCGAAGAUUCAGGCUGGUAUCAGGUCAACCACAGUGCAGCAGAGGAACUUUUGUGGGGCCAGGGCUCUGGCCCAGACUUUGGUCUGGUGAGCACAUGCAGGAAUGGAUCCUCAGACUUCUUCUGCACUGGCAGUGGGCUGGGCUGUCACUACCUGCACCUGGACAAAGGAAGGUGUUCCUCAGACCCAAUGCUAGAAGGCUGCCGCAUGUACAAACCCUCAGCCAAUGGGAGUGAAUGCUGGAAGGAGAGUGGACUCCACACCAGAGCGGAAAACCCCCGCGGGGAGAUCUACCAUAUGCACAGCCGCUGCUUCCUUGGCAACCUUACCUCCCAAGUGCUCUCCAAAGACAAGACCAGCCAAUCCUCAGCAGCACCACUCUACCUUGAAGAAGGUCCCACGGGCUGUUGUUAUUUACAUCAAUGCACCCACAAGGGAGCCUACGAGGUUCAAGUGAAGGGAUCACCGUGGAUCCCCUGCCUUCCGGGGAAGGCUGUUCAGAUACCUGGGUACCAUGGCCUUCUCUACUGUCCCCAAGGCCGGCUGUGUCUGAGUGAAGGUGUCAGUGUUGCCACUUCUCAACCGAUGAGCUUUACAACCCAAGACCUGGUAUUCCAGCUGUCUCUAAGACUAACAGGGACCCUGGGCCACUCUCUGGGGAAGGGACAGAGAGAAGAGCUUGCUGAGGUAGUUCUGGAGGCUCUGGUGAUAAGAGCUGGCACUAGCAGGUGUUAUUUCUACAGCCCAUCCAUCACCACGAGCUUGGUAUUCACUGUGAGUAUGUGGAAGCCUUCUGGCUGCCAAGGGCCGUCCACUGCUAUGCUACAUAGGACCCUGACCCUGAUUCUUCAGAAGAAACCCCUCCAAGUACACCACGGAGAAGCCAUCUUUACCACAGAAUACAGCAAGCUGCAGACUUCCUUGGACCAUAGCUCCUCUGUGGCUGAGCUACUUCUGUACACUGGCUUCUGUCUGCUGUUGCUAAUUCUGCUGGGUGCACUGGGAACUCUGGCUUAUCAGAAACGAGCGAGGCUUCAAGUGGAACCAUCUACUACUUAACCAUCACAGGAACUGUAUGGUACAAGAGAUCAGGUUAAAGCAGAUGUGAUGCCACUUGGAACGUAACUGCCAAAUGUCAGCCAGCAAGAUGACCACCUGAAUUGAUUCCUAAGGAGCCACAAUGUGGAGAAAACCGGUUCCACAAGGUGUCCUGACUUCUUCAUGUGCAUGGUGGCUCAUGAGUACUCCUACACAGAUGUGUAUGCACACAGUCAGAGUGGCUCUUGUAGAAGACCCAAGCACCACCAACAUUCCAUAACUGUAGUUCCAGGGGAUCUGACAUUGUUCUUUCCUCUGUGAGCACUAUCAUGUAAAUGGUACAUACACGUAACAUGUAGGCCCUCACGCAUAUAUGUAAUUAUAAGUAAAAGAGCUCUGGAUGGGAAAACCUACUCACUUUAAACGCUCUACUUCCUCUAGAACAGACUUUGCCAGGUUGUCAGCUUUAUCGCAGCUUUGCCAUGUGUAAAUGUGGAGCCUCGCGGUAAAGAGCAGUCUUUAUUAUGAUACCCUCUCCCCCAAAUCAACAGUUUCACUUGUGAAGACUCCUGUCCACCAGCCCCAGGAGGCCGCGCAUGCUUUGACGAGGGUGCUCCUAUUUAAUACUUACCUGGUUUUCAUUGCUGCUCAGAGCCAAACGAUGUGAAUAAUAGUAAUUAUUUCUUUCCCUCAAUUUUCCUUAAUUUUAUUAAAUCACCGCUGGGAAACCCAGCAGUUGGGAAAUUACAUAAUUAUGUUAGAGUUGGGUAGAUGUGGUAAAAGCAGCCACAUCUGGGCCAGCUCUGGACUCGAGUUACAAGAUACUGGUUCCUGUUAGUUAUAGUGACAAAAGCAGUCAUUAAAUUCUUGAGAUUUAGACAUCUCCUGUAAAAAAAAUCAGAUUUGCUAAAAAUGGAGAGAGUCCAAGUGACGUACUGCCAGGGUACAACAGUGUUAGCACUCAACAGGAAGUCCAUGCCAAAAAAAUCUUUUUAAAGGCAGAGUCUCACUUUGUACUGCUGGCUGGCCUGGAACUUGCUAUGUAGACCAGGCUGCCUCCUGGGUGCUGGAAUAAACGGUGGACCACUA